AUGUCUGACGAGGGAGAAGAAAGCGACAGCGGCGAGAGAGCGCGUCUCUCCGAGUCUCCCUCCCCGCCUCAGUCUGUCAGUCUUCCCCGAGGAUCUCCUUCCUCUACGCGGCCCCUGGACCUCUUCUCCUCUGCUUCUCCGCUGCUGGGGGACACGGACCCGCCUUACCUCGCCUCUCCGGAGUGUCUUCACCCGUCUCCAGAGAACCGGGAACUCGGGGACUCCACGCACUUCACGCCGCCAAAGUUCCGCCGGCGCACCGGGGACGCCGGCUCUCCGUUUCGUUCCGGGCCGGCUGUGCGGAUAGAUGAGGCGCACGACCACUACGAUGAGCCGCUUUCCAAGUGGAGAGGACGAGGCGCGGCGGACGCUGAGCGCUUUCAGCACCGCGGACAGAGACUCCAGCGGACUCCGGAGCUCUCGGACUACGGGAACCACUACUCUGCUGAGCAAUUAAACACCGAGUUCAACUCCGAAUCCCGCCAAACGAUGGAGGCCAUGCAUCGCCGGCACACCACGCUGAGGGAGAAGGGGCGUCGCCAGGCAGUGCGGGGCCCAGCCUAUAUGUUCAAUGAGCGUGGCUCGGCGCUCACUGCAGAGGAAGAGCGUUUUAUGGAUGCUGCUGAAUACGGAAACAUUCCUGUGGUCCGCAAAAUGCUGGAAGAGUCCAAAACCCUGAACUUCAAUUGCGUGGACUACAUGGGCCAGAAUGCUUUGCAGCUGGCGGUGGGUAAUGAGCACCUGGAAGUGACUGAGCUGCUACUGAAGAAGGACGGCUUGGCCAGGAUCGGGGAUGGCCUGCUUUUGGCUAUCUCUAAAGGGUACGUUCGAAUCGUUGAAGCCAUUCUCGGCCACCCUGCUUUCGGUGGGGGUCUCCGACUUGCUCUGAGCCCUCUGGAGCAGGAGAUGCGUGACGAUGACUUUUAUGCAUACGAUGAAGAUGGAACACGUUUUUCGCAUGACGUCACGCCCAUCAUCCUGGCUGCUCACUGCCAGGAGUAUGAGAUUGUCCACAUUCUUUUGACGAAGGGGGCCCGCAUAGAAAGGCCACAUGACUACUUCUGUAAAUGUUUAGAGUGUGUGGAGAAACAAAAGAAGGACUCGUUCAGUCACUCUCGGUCCAGGAUGAAUGCGUAUAAGGGCCUGGCCAGCGCAGCCUACCUGUCACUCAGCAGUGAAGACCCUGUCCUCACUGCCCUCGAGCUCAGCAACGAACUGGCAAGAUUGGCAAACAUUGAGACAGAGUUCAAGAAUGACUACCGCAAGCUGUCCAUGCAGUGUAAGGACUUUGUGGUGGGUGUGUUGGACCUUUGUCGGAACACAGAGGAAGUCGAGGCCAUAUUGAACGGCGACGUGGAUCAGUGUCCACCGAGCCCCUACAACCGACCCUGCCUCAGCCGCGUCAAACUGGCCAUCAAGUACGAAGUCAAGAAGUUUGUUGCUCAUCCUAACUGCCAGCAGCAGCUGCUAACUAUCUGGUAUGAGAACCUGCCCGGCCUGAGGCAGCAGUCCGUCGGUGUGAAGUGCUGGACGGUUCUUGGGGUAACCGUAGGUCUGCCCUUCCUGGCUAUCGCCUACUGGAUAAUGCCAUGUAGCAAGCUUGGUCAGAUCCUGCGAAGCCCCUUCAUGAAGUUUGUAGCUCACGCCGUCUCCUUCACCAUCUUCCUGGGUCUGCUGGUCGUCAAUGCCUCCGACCGCUUCGAGGGCGUCAAGAACCUGCCCAAUGAGACCAUCACAGACCAUCCACGACAGGUUUUCAGGGUCAAAACCACCCAGUUCUCUUGGACGGAGAUGUUGAUCAUGAAGUGGGUGCUGGGUAUGAUUUGGUCCGAAUGCAAGGAGAUCUGGAGUGACGGGCCCAGAGAGUACAUUAUGCACCUUUGGAACGUGCUGGACUUUGGCAUGUUGUCCAUCUUUGUGGCAUCCUUUACGGCACGCUUCAUGGCUUUCCUUAAAGCAUCCAAAGCCCAGCAGUAUGUGGACAUGCACGUGCCAGAUGAAGACCUCAGCAACGCCUCGCUGCCUGACGAAGUGGCCUACUUCACUUAUGCCAGGAACAAGUGGCGCCCAUCUGACCCCCAGAUCAUCUCCGAAGGCCUGUAUGCCAUCGCUGUGGUUCUGAGUUUCUCGCGCAUCGCCUACAUCCUGCCAGCCAAUGAAAGCUUCGGCCCACUGCAGAUCUCGUUGGGGCGCACCGUCAAAGACAUCUUCAAGUUCAUGGUCAUCUUCAUCAUGGUGUUUGUGGCCUUCAUGAUUGGCAUGUUCAACCUGUACUCGUACUACCUAGGAGCCAAGUACAAUCCUGCCUUCACCACGGUGGAGGAGAGUUUUAAGACUCUGUUUUGGUCAAUCUUCGGACUGUCUGAGGUCAUCUCAGUGGUGCUGAAGUAUGACCACAAGUUCAUAGAGAACAUCGGCUACGUGCUGUACGGGGUCUAUAACGUCACCAUGGUGGUCGUUCUUCUCAACAUGCUCAUUGCCAUGAUCAACAGCUCGUACCAGGAGAUAGAGGAAGAUGCCGACGUGGAGUGGAAGUUUGCCCGAGCUAAGUUGUGGCUCUCCUACUUCGAUGAGGGCCGCACCCUACCAGCACCCUUCAACCUGGUCCCCAGCCCUAAAUCCUUCUACUACCUGGUCCUUCGUAUCAAAUCCUGCCUGAUUCGCCUCUGCAAAGCCAACAGCCGUCAUCACAAUGAGCUGGAGAUGGGCAGGCUCAGCUCACAGGCCAAAGAUGAACGUUUCAGGUCUUAUGCGCGACCAGGAGAGGAAUUCAUACAGAGAAAAUCCAGGAAACACCCGACUAGAUAUCAGAAGAUCAUGAAACGCCUGAUUAAGCGGUAUGUGCUAAAAGCUCAGGUGGACAGAGAGAGCGAUGAAGUCAAUGAAGGCGAGCUGAAGGAGAUCAAGCAAGACAUUUCCAGCCUCCGCUAUGAGCUCCUGGAGGAGAAGUCCCAGGCCGCUGGUGAGCUGGCUCUGCUCAUCCAGCAACUUAGCGACAAGUUUGGCAAGAACACCAUGAGACACUGA